AUGGAGAAUAGUCUUGGAUGUGUUUGGGUACCAAAGCUGGCUUUUCUCCUCUUCGGGUUUACGCUGGCGAGCCUGCAUCCUCGAGUCUCCGGUUCACAGAUCAAGACUUUUACAUCAUUGAGGUUCUUGACUGAGCCUUCAGAUGCUGUCACCAUGCGUGGAAGCAACGUGCUGUUGAACUGCAUAGCAGAAUCAGAUCAAGGAGCCCCAGUUAUCAAAUGGAAGAAAGACGCAGUCUUCGUAAACCUGGCGGUGGAUGAAAGGAGGCAGCAGCUGGCCAACGGAUCACUCUUGAUACAAAACAUAGUCCACUCCAGGCACCACAAGCCAGAUGAAGGUCUCUACCAGUGUGAAGCAUCUCUAGAAGGCAUCGGAGCGAUCAUCAGUCGGACAGCUAAGGUCAUGGUAGCAGGACCACUGAGGUUUCUUUCCCAGACAGAAUCUGUCACGGCUUUUGCAGGAGACACCAUUCUGCUGAAGUGUGAAGUUGUUGGGGAGCCCAUGCCUGUGGUGCACUGGCAGCGAAACCAGGAGGACUUGUUCCCGAGCCCGGCCGACACGCGGGUGGCCGUCCUGCCCUCCGGAGCUUUACAGAUCAGCAGGGUUCAGCAUGGGGACAGCGGGAUCUACAGAUGCCUGGCGAAAAACCCAGCCAGUUCGAGAACUGGCAAUGAUGCGGAGGUCAGAGUUUUGGCAGAUCCAGGUUUGCACAGGCAGCAGUUUUUCCUGCAGCGUCCAUCGAACGUGGUGGCCAUGGAAGGGAAGGAUGCUGUUCUGGAGUGCUGCGUUUCUGGGUACCCCCCUCCCACCUUCACGUGGCUGCGAGGAGAUGAAGUGCUCCCCGUCAGGUCCAAAAAGUAUUCGUUACUGGCUGGCAGUAACCUACUCAUAUCAAACGUGACUGACGACGAUUCUGGGACAUACACGUGUGUAGUCACCUACAAAAAUGAGAACAGCAGUGGCUCUGCAGAGCUGUCAGUGAUGGUUCCACCAUGGUUUUUAAUUCGCCCUUCAAAUCUUUAUGCCUAUGAGAGUAUGGAUAUUGAGUUUGAAUGUGCCGUGUCUGGUAAGCCUGUUCCUACCGUGGAGUGGAUCAAGAAUGGAGAAGUGGUCAUUCCUAGCGACUAUUUUCAGAUAGUGGGUGGCAGCAACUUACGGAUUCUGGGCUUGGUAAAGUCAGAUGAAGGUUUUUAUCAGUGUGUGGCUGAAAAUGAAGCUGGAAACGCACAGGCCAGUGCACAGCUAAUCAUCCCAGAGCCUGCUGUCCCAAGUUCCAGUGUCCUCCCCUCUGCCCCCCGAGAUGUGGUCCCUGUUUUGGUCUCCAGCCGAUUUGUCCGUCUCAGCUGGCGCCCACCCGCAGAAGCCAGAGGCAGCGUCCAGACGUACACGGUCUUCUUCUCCAGGGAUGGCGUCAACAGGGAACGGGCAGUCAACACAUCUCAGUCUGGGACACUUCAACUUACCGUCGGCAACCUGAAACCGGAGCAGACCUACACCUUCCGAGUGGUGGCAUACAACGAGUGGGGACCAGGAGAGAGCUCGCAGCCCGUCAAGGUCGCCACGCAGCCAGAGCUGCAAGUUCCCGGGCCGGUGGAAAACCUGCGGGCUGUGUCUACCUCACCUACUUCGAUUCUUGUCUCCUGGGAUCCCCCUGCCUAUGCAAACGGCCCCGUUCAAGGCUACAGGCUCUUCUGUACGGAGAUGGCGACGGGAAGAGAGCAGAACGUGGAGGUGGACGGGCUCUCCUACCGACUGGAGGGGUUGAAGAAGUUCACCGAGUACACCCUGCGCUUCCUCGCCUACAACCGCUACGGCCCCGGCGUCUCCACCGAGGAUGUGACGGUCACCACGCUUUCGGAUGUGCCCAGUGCGAUGCCUCAGAACAUCUCCUUGGAAGUGGUUAACUCCAGGAGUAUCAAAGUUAGCUGGUUGCCUCCACCACCAGGUACUCAAAAUGGAUUUAUUACGGGCUAUAAAAUCCGACAUAGAAAGACUACCCGCAGGGGUGAGAUUGAAACACUGGAGCCAAACAACCUCUGGUACUUGUUCACAGGACUUGAGAAAGGAAGCCAGUACAGUUUCCAGGUGGCUGCCAUGACAGUGAAUGGGACGGGACCCCCCUCGGACUGGUACACAGUGGAAACACCCGAGAACGACCUCGACGAGUCUCAGGUUCCUGACCAGCCAAGCUCUCUUCAUGUCAGGCCCUUGACAACAAGUAUCGUCAUGAGUUGGACUCCACCGCUGAACCCAAACAUUGUCGUCCGCGGGUACAUCAUCGGCUACGGCGUAGGCAGUCCGUAUGCUGAGACUGUGCGGGUGGACAGUAAACAGCGUUAUUAUUCCAUUGAAAAUUUGGAGCCAAGUUCCCAUUAUGUGAUUUCCUUAAAGGCCUUUAACAACGCAGGCGAAGGGGUGCCUCUGUACGAAAGCGCGACCACCAGGUCGAUGACAGACCCCAUUGAUCCAUUAGAAGUUGAUUUUUAUCCUUUGCUUGAUGAUUUCCCUACCUCAGUCCCAGAUAUCUCCACCCCCAUGCUCCCACCAGUAGGUGUCCAGGCUGUUGCACUUACGCAUGAUGCAGUGAGGGUCAUCUGGGCAGACAACUCUGUCCCAAAGAACCAAAAGACUACGGAGGUUCGCUUCUACACGGUCCGAUGGAGAACGAGCUAUUCGACGAGUGCUAAGUACAAGUCGGCAGAUACGACCGCUCUGAGUCACACCGUGAUAGGUCUGAAGCCAAACACCAUGUACGAGUUCUCCGUCAUGGUCACCAAAGGUCGGCGGUCCAGCACCUGGAGCAUGACCGCGCACGCCACCACCUAUGAAGCAGCUCCAACCUCUGCUCCCAAGGAUUUGACAGUCAUUACACGGGAAGGGAAGCCCCGGGCCGUCAUUGUCAGCUGGCAGCCGCCGUUGGAAGCCAAUGGAAAAAUUACUGCUUACAUCCUCUUCUAUACUUUGGACAAGAAUGCUCCCAUUGAUGACUGGAUUAUGGAAUCCAUCAGCGGCGACCGGCUCACCCACCAGAUCAUGGACCUCAACCUGGACACCGUCUACUACUUCAGAAUCCAAGCUCGCAACGCCAAGGGAGUGGGGCCCCUCUCCGAUCCUAUUUUCUUCCGGACGCUGAAAGUCGAGCACCCUGACAAAAUGGCUAAUGACCAAGGUCGUCACGGGGAUGGCUCCUACUGGCCGGUGGACACCAACCUGAUUGACAGGAGCAGUCUGAACGAGCCUCCCAUCGGGCAGAUGCACCCUCCCCACGGCAGCGUCACGCCCCAGAAGAACAGUAACCUCCUCGUCAUCAUCGUCGUCACCGUCGGCGUCAUCACCGUGGUGGUGGUGGUGGUGGUGGCCGUCAUCUGCACCAGGCGCUCCUCAGCACAGCAGAGGAAAAAACGUGCAACCCACAGUGCUGGUAAAAGGAAGGGCAGCCAGAAGGACCUGAGACCCCCAGAUCUGUGGAUACACCACGAGGAGAUGGAAAUGAAGAACAUCGAGAAGCCGACGGGCUCGGACCCCGCAGGAAGGGACUCGCCGAUGCAGAGCUGCCAGGACAUCACCCCCGUCAGCCACAGCCAGUCGGAAACGCAGCUGGGCAGCAAGAGCACCCCGCAGCCCGGUCCAGAGACAGAAGAUGUUGGAAGCAGCAUGUCCACGUUAGAGCGCUCACUUGCUGCCCGCAGAGCCACCCGUGCCAAGCUCAUGAUCCCCAUGGAUUCACAACCAAACAACCCUCCUGUGGUCAGUGCCAUUCCGGUGCCAACACUAGAAAGUGCCCAGUAUCCCGGGAUCCUGCCGUCCCCGACCUGCGGAUACCCGCACCCGCAGUUCACCCUUCGGCCGGUGCCGUUCCCGACCCUCUCUGUGGACAGGACCUUUGGAGCAGGAAGAAGUCAGUACACUGUUAACGAAGGACCAGCACCACAGCAGCCGUCCUUGCUACCGCAGACGCAGCCUGAGCACUCCAACAACGAGGACGCCCCGAGCAGAACCAUCCCCACCGCCUGCGUCCGCCCCACGCACCCUCUCCGCAGCUUUGCCAACCCCUUGCUACCUCCGCCCAUGAGUGCAAUAGAACCGAAAGUCCCUUACACGCCACUUCUGUCUCAAACAGGGCCUAACCUCCCCAAGGCUCAGGUUAAAACAGCAUCCCUUGGUUUGGCAGGAAAAGCCAGGUCGCCUCUGCUGCCCGUCUCGGUGCCCACGGCCCCGGAGGUCGCAGAAGAGGGCCACAAGCAGACGGAGGACUCCGCGAACGUUUAUGAGCAGGAUGAUCUGAGUGAACAGAUGGCCAGUUUGGAGGGGCUAAUGAAGCAACUCAACGCUAUCACAGGCUCAGCCUUCUAA